UCCCCGAGGCGGCCGCCGGCGCGGGCCCGUUCUCUUCCGGCCUGCUGUCCUCGGCGCGCCGGGAUAUGGAGGUCUUGCGCAGGGCCCACGAGGCCGUGCUGCGCCUGCUGCUGUGGGGCCCCCGGGUGUCGGGCGCCGCCUCCCGCGCGAAGCCCCGCGCCUCGGAGGUGCUGACGCGGCACCUGGAGCAGCGUCGCCUGCCGCCCUGGACCUCCUUCUGCGUGCCCUACCGCGCCGUCCGCAACGACCAGUUCGGCCUCUCGCACUUCAACUGGCCGGUGCAGGGCGCCAACUACCACGUUCUGCGCACCGGCUGUUUCCCCUUCAUCAAGUACCACUGCUCCAGGGCGCCCUGGCAGGACCUGGCCGCGCAGAACCGCUUCUUCACGGCGCUCAAGGUCAUCAACUUCGGUAUUCCAACUUUCUUAUAUGGACUUGGCUCCUGGUUAUUUGCCAGAGUCACAGAGACUGUGCAUACCAGUUAUGGACCAAUAACAAUUUAUUUUCUAAAUAAAGAAGAUGAAGGUGCCAUGUAUUGAAAGUAUGCAUUAGAGAAUACUAAUACACCAUCAGUGCAUUUUCUCAAGUGUGUAUGUGCAAUAUUUAUUUUUGAUCCUUUAAAAUAAAACUUUUGCAAACACGUU